AUGGACUUUGUCCUUUCUUACCCCGUCAUUGCUGCAGCCCUAUUGAGCUUGCUAGCCAUCUGCAAAGCCAUCUAUCGUCUGUACGUCCAUCCAUUGUCAGGAUUCCCCGGCCCCAAACUAGCCGCCGUGACUUCCAUCUACGAAUUCUACUACGAUGUCGUCAAACGUGGCAUGUACCUAUGGGAAAUAGAGCGAAUGCAUGAAAAAUAUGGUAUGUACUCUUAUCUCUCAUCAGGUCCUCCCAUAACCAAUGCCACGAAUCAAUCUCCAACCAAAUUCCGCAAACUUCGUCCGGCCCCGCUGAUCCUCCCAGGUCCCAUUGUCCGCAUAAGUCCCCGAGAGCUGCACAUCAAAGACUCGCAUUACUACGAAGACAUCCACGCCAGUGGCUCUCGUAAACGCAACAGAGACCCGAAAUAUGCCGUCUCGUUCGGAGCACCAUAUUCCCUUGUCGGAACAAUAGACCAUGAUCACCACCGAUUCCGCCGAAGUUUCAUCCAGAACUACUUCUCCAAGCGCUCUGUCACAAGCCUAACGCCCUAUAUAUCGGCAAAGGUUGACCAGCUCCUCAACCGCUUACAAGCCGCCCACGAAAACUCAACUGUCCUUCACCUCCAGCAUGAUUUUGGUGCACUCACUGCUGAUGUGAUUACACAGUAUUGCUACGGCUGGAGCUAUGGGUAUCUAGAUGACACGAAGAGUUCGACGAGGAAUGACCUCGUCGACGCUGUCAAUGGUCUCAUGCUUAUGUUCCAUGUUAAUCGGUUCUUCCCAUUUCUUGUGACUAUCUUCCGGAACGCCCCGCAGGCUGUUGUACGCUUUGUGCAGCCGCAGAUGGGUGACUUAUGUGAAGUCAAGGCUCAACUGCGUAAGCAGGCGACUGCUGCACUUAAGAAGAAGUCCGCGGAGGUGAAGGAGGGCGAUGAGAAGUCGAAAGAUUCAAUCUUUGACGCCUUGACUGCGCCGAAUGUGCCUGAGGAUGAGAGGACGGUUGAUCGAUUGGUUGAUGAGUCUGCUUUGCUUCUUGGUGCGGGGACCGAGACUACGGCUAGAUCUCUUGCUGUGUCAAUGUUUCAUGUUAUUAACGAUAAAAAUAUUGGGAAUAAGUUGAGAGAGGAGCUGAAGACUGUUUUGGAGAAGCCUACUUCUAAGGCUACAUGGACUGAGUUGGAGCAUCUUCCUUAUCUUACUGGGGUUGUUAAUGAGGGCCUGCGCCUAAGCCACGGUAUGACAGCACGCUUGAGUCGUAUCUCGCCGAUUGAAAAUAUGCUCUACAAGGACUGGGUCAUUCCUGCCGGUACCCCGGUCAGUCAAUCAAAUUAUUUUGUCCACAUGGAUCCUACUUUGUUCCCCGAGCCCCAGAAAUUCGAUCCCGAGCGAUGGGUCCAGGCAGCAGAAAAGGGCGAACAUUUGACCCGAUACAUUGUUGCUUUCACCAAGGGUGCCAAGCAAUGCUUGGGUAUGAACCUUGCCUAUGCGGAGAUCUACAUGACUUUGGCUCAUGUUUUGCGGCGCUUUGAGUUGGAACCGCAUGAAACCACAGCGGAGCACCUUAUUGUCCGUCGAGAGCUGGGAGUCGGUUAUUCGAUGGAUAUGAAAUUCGAUGUCAUGGCGAAAGUGGUAGGUGUUGUACUGGUGUGA